AUUCCCACCACUUUCUCUCCUAUAAAACAAUACAAAGAGAACACAACACAACACACUCAAAAUCUCUUUUUCAAUCAACGGUUUCGGUGUAACAAAAAAGAGCGAGCGACGACUGAUUGAUUACGAGGAGAUCGAAAAUGGCUGCGAGAAUCACGAGGUUGUCUUUCGGAUUGUUGACGGUGUCGGUGCUGGUUUCUGCCUUGGCCCGACCGUCGUACUGCCACCGGAAGUUGGUCGGCGGCAGGUCGGUAGUGCUGGACGUCGCAUCCAACAAAGAACUCCAAGAACUCGGAAGGUACUGCGUGGAGGAAUUCAACCUGAAAGAACAGCGAGAACACGGGAAAUCGGGUGGAGAAGAAGGGUUCAAUCCAUUGAUGUUCGGUGAGGUGGUGGAGGUUCAACGACAGGUUGUUUCGGGGAUCAAGUACUUCCUCAGGAUCCAAGCGACAUUGCCCGACCGCACGACCAGAAUGUUCAACUCCGUUGUCGUCGUCAAACCCUGGCUUCAGUCAAAGGAAUUGCUCGAUUUCUCUCCCGUCGCUAACCCUCUCUCCUACGAAUCUUGAUCAAGCCUUUCUUCGAAUGAAACCGAAAAGAGGAGAACAAAUAAAAUAUGCACAACAAAAUUUUGUCUUUCGAGUGUUAUUAACUAUAUAUGGAUCAAUAUGGGUCGGUCCGGACCCCGGGAUGUUGUUGUAAUUUAUAAAUAAAUAAUAAGAGCUUGAUCUAUAGAUUA